UAUAGUAUGCUCCCCCGUGAAUAUUAGAGGCCAAAACAAAAGACAAGAAAAGGAAGUUGUAAUUAAUUAAGAGCGAGUCAAAACGGGUGUGCCAGUGUGGAUGCUUGGUCUGGGUGCGGACCUCUUGUGGGCCGACAUGAACCGCCUACUGGGCUUCCUCUUCCACCAGGGAGUGCUGGACGAGCACUUCUUGCAGCUUCACCACCUCCAGGACGAGUCCUCCCCAAGCUUCGUCUCCGAGGUCCUCAACAUCUACUUCCACGAGUCUGAGAAGCUUCUCAGCAAUCUCAGAUCAUUGCUCAUGGACAGGGACUUCUCCGACUACAACAAAAUGGGAAUCCAUUUGAAUCAAUUCAUGGGAAGCAGCUCCAGCAUUGGCGCCAAGAGACUCACCACUGUCUGCCUUGCCUUUCGCGCCGCUACUCACCACAGUAACCGUCCUGGAUGCCUGCGAGCCUUGGAGAUGCUGGAACAUGAAUAUUGCUAUCUCAAGAACAAACUGCAUGAACUAUUCCAAAUAGAGCAGCAACGUGCUUUGGCAGCAGCAGCCAGAUACCCACUGCAGAAUAACCAAUAAUAAAAAUCCAUCUCCAUCCGCAUGGAUUAUUUGUUUUAAUAUAUUCCUAAUUAAGCUGGCUGGCGGUCAUCGCCAUUUUGAAUUCUAAUACUUUUCCAUUAAUUAAUGUACAUAUAUAGAAGCCAGCGCUCAUGCAUGCUCGCUCGCGCUCUUCUAAUUAACUCUCUAUUUAAUUCAAUAUAGUCUUCUUUCCAAGACAACUGCAUGCCUGGGCAUGGAACUCAGAUUAACUAUAUGUAUACUCUUGUCAAUACCUUAAUCACUUACACGAUUUUAAAGCUAAGCUUUAUGUUUCCAAAUUCCAUUAACUAAAAGAAAAACGCACCUAGGAAAAAAAGAAUGAACCCGCUUGAAAAUAUUAGAAUAGAAACAGUGAUAAAGUUUGACUAUGACUAAAC